AUGAUGACUACUUCAAUCGAACCUCUGGACGAACGAACGAGCAACACGCUCACCGCCAGUGUUCUGUAUCCAGAUUUGGCAUCAAUCGCACAAGCAUUCGUGCAAAAUGCGAUCAAGAAUUCACCUAAAUCAUACAUCGAACUUCGAAUCAGCUUUGCUCCUAUUUGGCAGAUUGAAUGCCGCGAAGAUGGAAAGAGUGAUCGAUCCGCUGAUGACGAUUCAAUUCAGAAUUUGUCGUUUUUGGGCACUCUUUGCACGGAUACAUGCGGGAAGAGAAGAGUACGAAAGGGAACCAGUGUUGAUCGGCAAAAAUCAAAGGAAGGAAACAAUUCCAUUUGUCUUCGAUGCUUCUUCGAAAAUAUCCCUGUGAGACGCACAUCAUUGCACAACAGAGCAAAUUGUAUGGCAGAGGUAAGAAAGGUCAAGAAUACAGUCAAAGCACUGUCUUUGUUGUGUCCUCAUAUUCGGAUCGCAUGCUACAUCCAAGAAAAUUUCUCCGAUCAGGUAAUGAGAGUAUUUAAUUUCGAAGCAAAUCAAGAUUUCAACGACAGAUUCGAAACACUCUAUUGCACACCGGAAAAGGAUGCCAAUCUGACACAAAUUAAUGUAAAGACUGGGAAAUACAGCAUUUCUGGCUAUGUCGACCUUUUGGGGACAUCUAACAUCACCGAACAGAUCGUGCUCAUCAAUGGAGCUUUGGUUCGAGAUCACAAUCGUAUUGAUAGCGGUGAUAGCAUGAUCAGCGGAAGACUACACGAAACACUGAAAAAGCAAAUGUCCGACAAGUCAUUGGAGCCUGUUUAUGUUGUCGUUGUCAGAUUCGAGAAUAUGCAGUCAGACACGAAGAUGUUUGAGCAUAUGGCCAAGAGUAUCCAAAAAAGUUUGACAGAAUCAAAGUAUACACAAAAGAAUGGAAUCAACUCGACGGCAACGUCGAUCGAUGAAUUCCAGAAGCCUGGUUCACAUGCUCUCAGCACGAGAAUGGACUACAACCAGACUGGCCGCAUCCAGGGUGAAAUAGACCGAAAACAUCUUGUCCGAAGUGCUCCGACCGGUAAGAGAAAUGCGAUCGCAACUCUGGGAAUGCGGAAAAGACAAGCAUUGAUUGACGAAUCAGCCGUUUCUGGCUUCGACGUUCUUCAUGCCUCAUCAGGCCUAAGCCUUUCCGAUUUGGAACUGAUUGGUCAGGUAGAUGACAAAUUUGUAGCGUGUAUCAAUCUGCAAACAAGUCGAAUUGUCCUGAUCGACCAGCAUGCUGCUCAUGAACGGAUCCGGUAUGAGAAAAAGCUAGGUGAAUAUAUUUCACAGCGUUUGACCAAGUCUUCAGGUGACAUUUCGACGAUCGACAAGAAAGUUGAACAUCGACUAAUGACAGAAGUCUUGUAUGAGGAUUUCAAAAGCGCCAAAGAGCUGCUCCAAUUCUGGGGAAUCGGGAUGGAAGAAACGGACGACGCUCGGACGGUAAAGCUUAUUUCCCUGCCAUCACUAUGCUCUGUUGAGAAGAAGGAUGAGAUACGACAUUUGUUGGAUACUCUAGCGGACUGGCUUCGAGCGGUUCCAGCUCGAAGAAGACUUGAUGAUUUAAAGGUUGCAUUGUCAGCACAAACCAAUCCUGCUGCACGAUUGAUGAUCUCGCUACGACAUGCGCCACCUAUGAUCAUAGACAAGGUGACAACAUGGUCAUGCAGAGGAGCGAUCAUGUUCAACGAUCCCCUCACAAGUUCUCAAUGUCAAAGACUUCUUGCAGAAUUGGGUCAAUGCAUAUUUCCUUGGCAAUGCGCUCAUGGCAGGCCCACUUCUCUAAUUGUUUCGCAACUUGAUCGAGUGCAGAUCCACAUACUGAACAAGUCACCGAUCGAUUGGUUAAGCAUUAACACCAAGUCUGCCGCAUGAGUCAUCCCUUCCAUCAUCUUCUUCCCUUCCUCCUUCCCUUCCACCACCUUCUUCCCUUCCACCACCUUCUUCCCUUCCACC